AGUACACCUCUUCAGCACAACACCACAUCCGACAAAAUGGCACCUGCAGCAACUGGAGGCAAGAAGCAGAAGAAGAAGUGGUCCAAGGGCAAGGUGAAGGACAAGGCCCAACACGCCGUAGUCCUCGACAAGGCUGUCAACGACAAGCUCCAGAAGGAUGUCCAGUCUUACCGCCUCAUCACCGUUGCCACGCUCGUCGAUCGUCUAAAGAUUAACGGCUCGGUUGCACGGAAAGCGCUUGCUGAUCUCGAGGCGAACGGCCAGAUCAAGAAGGUGGUUGGACACUCCAAGUUGAGCAUCUACAGUAUGUUAUCCCGCUACUGA